AUGGGCCUUCAUCCCCCCAUGGUCGUCCCCUUCCAGCCUGGCAUGCCCCACAACCCCGGCAUGGUCCCCCAGCACAUGGUCAUGAAUGCUCCCAUGGUUCAGCCCGGCAUGGCUGGCUACCCCGUCAUGGGUAACGGCAUGGUGAUGGGUCCUCCUCACGCAGCCAUGGGCUUUGGCGGCGUUGUUGGUGGCGGUGGCGGCCCCCCUGGUGCCCCUCCUCCUAGCAUGCUGGUCGCAGGUAACAACCCUCUUCAUCUUCCUCCCGACGUUUCUGGCGUCGGUCGUACAUCUGGCGAGGUGGCUCUGGAGAACGCCCAGUUCGCUUACGCCAACGGCCUCUAUGAGCCCCAGGACUUUAAACCUGCCGAUGACGACCCCUCGCGCUACUACCCGGUCCGUGAGGUGGAUGGUAACUGGACCCAGCGCAACCGGUAUACUAUUGACAACCUCGGCGAUUGCCGCUGGAACCGAUUCUGCAUAGCAUAA